AUGAGAUAUAUUUCGUUGCUUAUCUUAGGCUUCGGCCUCCAAACUGCCAACUGCCAAGAGUCCAAUAAUGAGCAUUCUGCUGCUACCAUAUAUAAUGAGGAACAUUUUGGCCCGCAAUUUUCUGAGUGUGCUUCCCAAGUUUUUAGCGAUGUUAGCGGAUCAGAACUGGAAGAUAAUGAUGAAGGCCGUUGCCAAUUACACAGGGGCGUCUUUGAGAAGUGUUCUGGCGAUUUGGAACACACCGAUCCGAUGUACUACUUUGUUGCAAGACUGUUGAAAGACGAGUACUGCUGGGCGGGACAAUCAGAUUCUGCAGAAGUCGCCAUCGGCGAAAGACUCCUUGACCACAUUGUGCGGAUCCUGAGCAAGGGGACACGGAGAGACCUGAAAGUGUUUUUCGAGACCACCGAGGUCGAUUCGCCUGCUCGGUUGACCAAACGCGGCAACCCGUUCGAGUUCAAAAUCAGCGAGGAUAAAAAGUCAACGAAGAAAGGCGAACAGAAAAGCUCUGAGGAUGAGGCCAAGGCCAGGGCUCUGGAGAGAUACAUCAAUCAACGCAUCGAAAAGGCCAAGGCCGAAAAGUCCAGACAGUCGGACGGCAAAGUGGUUGACGAGGCCAGAAAGCUGACCAGCGUUUCCAAGCCGAAUUUCAAGACCACUCAGGUGGACAAAAAGCCCAAGCCAACGAGUCCUGCAAAACCAAAGAAACAGGGUAAGAACAACGGCAAGAAAAUCCAGCUUGCUGCCACACUGACCAGCGAUCCGCCGGAAGCUGCGAAAACCGCGCAGGUCAAGGCAGACAGCCUUGAAGUCUCUGACCAAGGCCUCUUUGACAAAAUCCGCGACAAGAUCGAAAAACACAAGGGCCAUUUUGACGGCGAUGACUGCGACGACGAAACUCCUCCUGAGACUGUGGAGGUGACGACGACACAGGUUAAGAAAAAGGUGCGCACCCAGACAGAAACGGAGACAGAUUACGACACCGAGACGGCAACAGACACCACAACGGUGUACAAAAUUACGCAUCUCCCAACCACAAUGUACCAGUUUCUGACGAAGCACAAGUGGGAGAUGCUCACCAAGACCGCGUACGAGUACGUCACCGACACGGAGUACGACACAGUCACCAAAACCUGUCUCAGUAUUGAGACCACGACAGAAAAAGAGCUGGACAUUGUGCAUACAACCAAAACGGUUGCAAAAAAGACCAUCACCAAGUACGACACAGACACGGAAACAACGACAGAGACAGAGAUCGAGUGCAAGACCACGACCAAGGAGAAGACCAAGACGGUGCCUACGACACAGCUAUCCACCACUACACAGACGGCCACGACUACGCAGACCACCACGAUCACCACUUCGAUCACCGGUUCUGGUUCGGUCACAACGACGUCGACCGUGACGCUGUUCAACGAGUUCACGUCGCGGUUUUGCUCUAUUCUCGGCCGCCUGGGUGUCGACUGUCCGUCGAUUCCGCUGCCUACUCUGGCUGCCAUGCAGCUACAACAGCGUGAUUUCGCAGAGCCGACGGGCAUUGCCUACACGGAGUAUUUCCACGGGCCGAUUUCAGCUCCCACCACUGCUGCGGAGGCUAGCAGGCUGUCCACCACGGCCAGAGUCACUGGAUCCAAAAACUCCACCCUGCAAACUAGCACGGUGGGUGCAUCUUCGACGGCUAGAAACGUGACGUUCCACAACGCGGCGGGCGCGGCGCCGGACUCGAGUCUGUCUGCCGUGGUGAGCGUUGUGGGUGUUGCAUUUGCCGUCCACUGUUUUAUGUUUGAGUAA